CAUGAGGAUGUGGGCUUGAACCGUUGGAAGAGAAGACGUGACGUUUCUUGUGUCUUUGGAACUUCCUUGUAGUUUCCAUCCUUGCUGCCUUAUGUGAGGAAGUCACUAGCCGCAGAGGGCGGUGGCACAAUGAGGAAAAAAUGAGAAAUUCGGAACUCACUGAGAAGUUGGUGCGCCUUCUUGUGUUCGAUCGAGUUGUUGUGCUUGAUUCCUAGCUAGUGGCAGCCCCGAUCCUUGUUGGAGUCAGGUGAUGUUCACAUUCCAGAGCCAAACAGUUUCCAGUAUAACGGGAAGGAGCACAGCAGUUAUUAAAAGUGGGGCCUCAAUGCGUAAGCGCUCUACCCAAUUUCAACCUCGCUCAGUAAUUUGUGUCAUCUCAUACGAAAGCAACAAUACACCACUCCCGUCAUCACCCAGCUUGUGCCAUAUGUCCCUUGUUACUCCAAAGAACUUCUGUUCUGCAUAGAUAAAAAAGCACGAAAACAUAUACAAUACAAAAUGGAUACGCCAUACGCAACAGAAAUCUCCAUCGCCAUCCCAACUAUCCAACUUGCCGCCCGCAUCUCCAAACACGUCCUGGCAUCCGCCAACAAGGGGACCAUCGAGAAAGCCGAAGACCUCUCUCCCGUCACCGUAGCCGACUUUGCCAUCCAGGCCUACCUCACCAAGGUCCUCUCCUCCUCCUUUCCCACCGAUAGCUUCGUAGGCGAGGAGUCCGCUGCCGCCCUGCGCGACAACCCCGACCUGCUGCAGCGCGUGUAUGAUGUCAUUCACGAGUGCGUUGACGAGGUCUCCUCGUCCAGCAACGACAAGAAUGAGUCGCAUGCUGUGAUUGCUGAAGUGGUGAAGCGGGGUGCGCCUGAAAGCAAGGAUCAGGUGUGCGAGCUCGUCGACCGGUGCGGCGAUGGUGGCAAGGACGGACUGGGUGCCGACUCGGGACGGACGUGGGUCUUUGAUCCGAUUGACGGCACCAAAACCUUUGUGUGUGGUGAGCAGUAUGCUAUCAAUGUUGCGCUGCUCGAGGGUGGGAAGCAAAUUCUCAGCGUGGUGGCGUGUCCGUUGCUGAGCAGGAAGGCGACGGCACCGGUGGGCAAUGCGAGCGUGUUCAAGGGCGAUGAUGAUGAAGAUGGCGAGGAAGGGUGUAUCGUGUAUGCGGUUCGAGGUUUCGGGGCGUACGUGAGGCCCUUGUUUGUCGGACAGGGUUCUGGUUUGACCAUGGGCGCUUCAGAGUUGCUGAAAAGACAUGCGGAUGGCGUGACUGUUUCCGGGCUGAGGUCGGUAUCAUGCUGGAAUACUCCAGGAUCGGGCGUGGACGAUGCACACAAGGCGGCUACCGAGAGGCUCGGUGUCGAGUUCCCAGGUUCCGACCUGCUUGGGUGGGUGCCGAGGUGGGUGACCCUGGCCCUUGGGUUGGCGAACAUGACGGUCUGGGUCUACAAGAGACGUGAUAGAUAUGCGAAGAUCUGGGAUCAUGCCGGUGCUAUGCUUCUCUUUGAGGAAGUUGGUGGCAUGAUUACGGAUGUUGAUGGAAAGGAGAUUGAUCUGACAAAGGGGAGGAAGCUGACUGGGAACUUUGGAUUUGUGGCCGCGCCAAGAAGUGUCCACCACGUUGUGUUGAAGGCUGUGAGACAGACCUUGAAGGAACAGGGAAAGGAGGCACUUCUCACUGCGGCUUGAGGCUCAACAUCCUCCCGAGAUCGGAACGGAACCUUUAGCGGGAGGAUGUCCACAACCGGGUGUCAGCGUAUGAUUUCAACCCUUCCCUUAAAUCCCCUCUUUUCUUUCUUCCACUUUCCUGGACAACCAUGUGUGAGCUAUCAAUAUUGCCAGUCAUGGACGGACAAAUCUGUUGCUGCAUUCCUAGCACAUUUUGCUAUACCUAGCAAAAGACGCC